CGGGGCGCGGUCGCCGUCAGUCGUCACGGAGUGGAGCUGGUGCUUGUCAUCCGGCCGCCAUUAUCUCAUACGAAUUCAUAAAAUCAAUUAAAGUUUUCGCUGUCGUUACGGGUUUGAGUGUCGUGUUUAGUACAGGAUCGUGAAAGUUACAAAGAUUUGAUCGUUUUUACAAGUGUUUUUACACGCUGAAACAGUGAUCAGUGAUAUAGUUAGGUUACUGUGUUGAGUGUUAACGUUGUGUAGGGUGGCUCCGGUUAGGCCGGGGCGGCAGGACGCGAUCGGAGCGUAUGCAAAGGGAGCGGUGAGAGCGCGCCCGGCUCGGGAGUCGGGGCGGACGGCAGCCAGAGCACAGGAACAGCUGCCGACAUGGGUUGUACUCAGUCGGCCGAGGAGCGCGCGGCGGCUGCCCGAAGCCGACAGAUCGAGAGGGACUUGAAAGAGGAUGGCAUUCAAGCCUCUAAAGAUAUAAAGUUACUGCUGUUAGGUGCUGGCGAGUCGGGAAAGAGUACUAUAGUUAAACAAAUGAAAAUCAUCCACGAGAGUGGCUUCACAAAUGAAGAUUUCAAACAGUAUCGGCCCGUGGUAUACAGCAACACGAUCCAGUCACUCGUCGCCAUAUUGCGCGCCAUGCCUAACCUGGGCAUCACUUAUGGGAAUAAGGAUCGUGAGAGCGACGGCAAGAUGGUAUUCGACGUCAUUCAACGGAUGGAAGACACGGAGCCGUUCAGCGAGGAACUUCUAGCGGCCAUGAAGAGGCUGUGGGCGGACGCCGGUGUUCAGGAGUGCUUCGGCAGAUCUAAUGAGUACCAGCUCAAUGACUCGGCUAAAUAUUUCCUCGAUGAUCUCGACCGGUUAGGUGCCAGAGACUAUCAACCCACCGAGCAAGAUAUUUUAAGAACCAGAGUCAAAACCACCGGUAUCGUCGAAGUGCACUUUUCUUUCAAAAACCUUAAUUUCAAAUUGUUUGACGUGGGCGGGCAGAGAUCGGAGAGAAAGAAAUGGAUUCAUUGCUUCGAAGAUGUGACUGCGAUUAUUUUCUGCGUCGCCAUGUCCGAGUAUGACCAGGUCUUGCAUGAAGAUGAAACAACGAACCGUAUGCAAGAGAGUUUGAAGCUGUUCGACUCGAUCUGUAACAACAAAUGGUUCACCGACACGAGCAUCAUUCUCUUCCUCAACAAGAAGGAUUUGUUCGAAGAGAAGAUCCGCAAGUCGCCGCUCACCAUUUGCUUCCCUGAAUACACGGGUGCGCAAGAGUACGGCGAGGCGGCGGCCUACAUCCAGGCGCAGUUCGAGGCCAAGAACAAGUCGACCACGAAGGAGAUCUACUGCCACAUGACGUGCGCCACCGACACCAACAACAUCCAGUUCGUGUUCGACGCCGUCACCGACGUCAUCAUAGCCAACAACCUGCGCGGCUGCGGCCUCUACUAGUUAAUGCGGGCUACGGCGAGCCUGUCUCUCAACCUUAAUGUCUAUUCGUUAACGUAUUACUUGCCGCCAUGCCUCCGAGCGCCGAGCACCGCCACCGACCGCCGCCGACGCCACCGCGCGACCGGCAUCAGACACGCAUUCGGGACUUCCGCGUCCACGAACGAAAUCAAAUGCAUUUUCUACCGGUCAAAAGGAUACAGAUAAAAAAUAAGUUAUCUUAGGACACGUUACUAUAAUUCAUACAAUAUUCCUCUGACAUCAGUGACACCUGGAGAGAGCGGCGCCGUCGCCGGCUCGUCCGCGGCGCUCGGCCGCUACUGCGAGCGAACCAGUGAACGAUUUUUUCAUAAUAUUUAUCAUAGAAUGUAUUUUUGUGGUCGUACAGCAGUGUCACUCC